AUUGAAUAUUGCUUCUUUCAUUUAGUUUUGAUUUAGUUAUACUAAGAUUAAUCUUAUUGUAUAAUUAAUAAUUAAGUAAGUUACAUGAUGUCAGAGAAAACCGCUAAGAAGCGAAAGCACUCUGAUGCGAACGGCGAUGAAGGUACAGGUUCAAAGACUGUACAUAUUCAAUGUCCUUAUUUGGAUACCAUAAACAGACAUGUUCUAGACUUUGAUUUUGAAAAACUAUGUUCAGUCUCCCUGACUAGAAUCAAUGUUUAUGCUUGUCUAGUUUGUGGGAAAUAUUUUCAGGGCAGAGGAACCAAUACACAUGCCUACACCCACUCAGUAGCUGACGGCCAUCAUGUAUUUCUUAACCUUCAUACCUUAAAGUUCUACUGUCUGCCAGAUAACUACGAAGUUAUAGAUUCAUCAUUAAAUGACAUUAAAUAUGUACUUAACCCUAUAUUUACUCCUGAGCAAAUUAAACAACUGGACUGCAACACUAAAAUGUCAAGAGCAAUUGAUGGCACUAUGUAUAUGCCUGGCAUUGUGGGCCUUAAUAACAUCAAAGCUAAUGAUUAUUGUAAUGUUAUUUUACAGUGUCUUUCUCAAGUACGACCACUUCGCAAUUAUUUCUUGCGUGAAGAAAAUUAUGCAAACGUAAAGAGGCCACCAGGUGAUUCUUCGUUCUUAUUGGUACAACGUUUUGGUGAGCUUAUAAGGAAGCUAUGGAAUCCUCGAGCUUUCAAAGCUCAUGUAUCACCACAUGAAAUGCUACAAGCAGUUGUACUUUGGUCUAAGAAAAGAUUCCAAUUCAUAAAACAAAGUGAUCCAAUUGAUUUUAUGUCAUGGUUCCUUAAUUCACUUCAUAUGGCUCUUAACGGUACAAAAAAACCUAAUAGUUCAAUAAUCUAUAAAUCAUUCCUGGGCCAUAUGAGAAUAUACACAAGGAAACUGCCGCCCCCUGACGCAGAUGAUGCUGCAAAAGUAGAUCUUACCAGCGAGGAGUAUGCUGAGAUGAUAACUGAAUCCCCAUUCUUGUACUUGACUUGUGAUUUACCUCCUACACCUCUGUUUACUGACGAGUUUCGUGAAAACAUCAUACCUCAGGUAAAUUUGUAUCAACUGCUCUCAAAGUUCAGUGGUCAAACAUCAAAGGAAUACAAAACAUACAAAGAAAAUUUCUUAAAGCGAUUUGAAAUUACUCAAUUACCACCUUAUCUCAUAUUGUAUAUAAAAAGAUUUACGAAAAACACCUUCUUUGUUGAGAAAAAUCCAACUGUAGUCAAUUUUCCAGUAAAAAAUGUAGACUUUGGUGAUAUCCUAACACCAGAAAUUAAAGCAAAGCAUAACGGUAAAACGACAUAUGAACUGGUGGGGAAUAUCGUUCAUGAUGGUACUCCAGAGAAAGGGACUUACCGUGCCCAUGUAUUGCAUACACCAACACAGCAAUGGUAUGAAAUGCAAGAUCUUCAUGUAACAAGUAUAUUACCACAGAUGAUAACAUUAACAGAAGCCUACAUACAAAUAUAUGAAUUGAAGCAGGACUGAGAUGAAUUAAUAAAAAUAGAAAUUCAAUUAUAAUCAUUUAUUUCUUGAAUAUACAAAUUCCUGACAUGUUACGUUCCUAUGACAAUUUCCUUCUUUUAGAUGUUUAUCCUUAUUCAAUAUUAGAAUAUCAUAAAUACAUGAAUAAUAUAUCACUAAAGUGAUGGUCAUUUGACACAUUAUGUAAACAAAUAGUACAGCUUAACAAAAUGGUACAAGUUAUUUUUGUAAGCUUUUGUUUGAGGUUAUAAAUUAUCAUAUUAUGUUUCAAAUGCAUUUUAUCACAUAGGAUUAUUAUUUAUAAUGU